CAUUUGUCCCUAUCCCCCAAUUUCUAACCUAACCUUGGAUGAAUAAUCUCGCCGGCCAACAUUCCGCUCUCCGACCAAAAAUUCACUCCGCCGUCCUCCGCUUCUUACUCGACAAGGUUCACUUUCUCAAAUCUAGAGCUUCAACAUGACAGGAUAAGGAUUCAUGCUCACACCCAGAUCAGUGAAUCCCACCACAACUUCACCGCCAAUUUCACCUUCCAAUUCCUGUAACAAGAACCAAAAGCACCUUAUAUUGGACAGAAUCACGACCCUUCUUUCUUCUAUGCAUUUCUCAUGAUCUUUGGCUACCGCUUGCUCAAUUUAAGAAGUUUCAAUUUGUGAUGUAGGGUUUUUUUUUCCUUUGAAGAAGGAGAAAAGGAAGGCAACUGAAGCACAGCGGCGACGUUGAUCGUCGAGCGAGGCGAGUAGAGCAGAAGGGCCACCGAAGUAGAGCAGCGGCACCGAUGGUCGGGCGAGGCGUGCAGGAGUAGAGGGAGGCGGCAACUCGUCGGGAAAGAUAGACGGAGAGGGAAGCUCGCCAACGUUAGGUGAAGUUUAGGCGAUUUAUUUUUGGGGGCAAAAUCAUCCAUUCAGUAUAAUUUAGAGCGAUUAAUUUAAAAACUUAGAACGAUAAAUAUGCUGAAUUCAGUUUGAGAAAUGUGACCAAAACGAUUGGGUACACGGAACUUUAGACCAAACUAGAAUAUUAAUCCAAUAACAAAUGUCUUUGUAAAGGGAAAACAAUAUUAAAAAGCACGUUGAGUUUUAUGAAAUAUAAGGUUAAACACGUGCACGGUGAGGCGGACGCAUCAUCGACAUGGAAACACAAAAAUGUUUGUUAGAACCAAGUUGCGAUUGUUUGCGGGGAAGAAAGACUUUACUCCCCUCCACUACAGAUUGGACUGGAGCGAAGCGGGAAACUGGAAACCUAUCUCCACUGCCUGCAUUUAUGAUUCCCACACCAACUUCUGUUUCUGGAGAAAAAAUGAUUCCUCGUUCGUUGAUCGCAUCCCUCAUCCGGACAAAAAAACAAAAAGGAAAAAAAAAAAAAAUUCCUUUCUCUUCCUUCCUUCUCACGACAGUCCUCCACCUCCUUCCCCUGCCACCGCCAACGCCGCCGCUUCCACCUCGCUUUCUUUCCGGCCCCAAGCUUUCUUCGCUUCCACGCCUCUGCUUCCUUCCCCUCCAAUUUUCCUUGACGUCCACUCUUCAAUUUCUCCGACUAAACGCUAAAACUAGCAGUCCGACCCACUCCAUCGCCAUUGACUUCAUCACUCAUCACUCUUCCUUCCCCCCAUUUUCGACUCUACUGCUUACAAUUUUAAACCAAACUUUCACGCAUUCCCAAGCUUAAAGAUUCCGACUUUCAUGGAGUGACGACGAAGAACACUUCUUUUCACCCCCAUUCCACUCUGUUCUUCUCCCAAACCAUGGCAACUUCCUCCGCCGCGGCGUCGUUUAGCUCCCUCCUCUUCCGUUCCCCGACGUCCCUCCGCCGAUGGGACACCAAUUCCUCCUCCUUCUCGGUGUCCUUUCCCGGGAGCGGCGCACGGUUAGCGAGGCUCUCUGUUCUUCUUCCCAAUCCGCCGCCGCCGCUGACGACGACGACUCCACUCCAAUCAUCGCCGUUCUCCGGUCGGGUUCGCACUCUGCUCGGAUCCCCGACUCCGAGAUUUAGGGAUUUCGAGGUUCGGUCUUGUUCGAAUGGGAGCCCCGAAGACGGCGGCGGCGGAAGGGGAAAGGAAGGAGAGGGAUCCGGCACCACCGGCGGCAUGAUAAUGGCGAGCUCCGCGGCCACGAUCGGGCUGGCGGUGGCAAAUCGGGUCCUGUACAAGCUAGCCCUGGUUCCGAUGAAGGAUUACCCUUUUUUCCUCGCUCAAUUCACCACUUUCGGGUAUGUGGUGAUUUACUCGUCGAUAUUGCAUAUGCGGUACCGUGCAGGGAUAGUGACUGAUGAAAUGCUGGCCCUCCCCAAGUCUCGUUAUGUCGCCAUUGGCGCUUUUGAAGCUGUUGGAACCCUGAUUGGAAUGUACGCGGCAGCAAAUCUACCUGGACCUUCUAUACCUCUAUUGCAUCAGACAUUUUUGGUGUGGCAGCUUGCUUUCUCAAGCAUUUUCUUGGGACGAAGGUACUCAUACGGCCAAAUGGCUGGCUGCUUGCUUGUAGCUCUUGGUGUAGUAAUGGCUGUGUCAAGUGGAUCGAACGAAGAGUCCAUGUUAUCUGGCAGCGAGUACAUGUGGGCGGGUGUGAUGAUACUAUCCAGUGCUCUUCACUCCGGUGCCAUGAUACUAAAGGAAUUCGUGUUUCUUGAUGCUUCUGAAAAGCUCAAGGGAAAAUCGCUUGACAUAUUUGUCGUCAAUACACUGGGGUCUGGAUUUCAGGCUCUUUUCGUGCUUCUCUUUCUGCCCCUCAUGUCAAACUUCAAGGGCAUUCCGCUUGCACAACUUCCAUUGUACCUGAAAAGUGGCACUGGCUGCUUUCUCAAUCUCUGGUCAGACUCUCCAGAUUGCACCGGUGCUCCACUGCUCCCAAUGCUGUACAUAGCCGCUAACUUGACCUUCAACAUGUCCAUGCUCAACUUAAUGAAGCUUUCAUCUGCCGUCGUAUCCUCUCUGGCCACAACAUUAGCAGUGCCAUUGUCGAUCUAUGUUCUAUCGCUUCCAUUACCGUAUCUUCCCGAAGGAUCAACCUUGAGUCCAUACUUCCUGGUCGGGAGCGCGACUCUUGUGUCUGGUCUCGUCCUCUACAAUUUGGCUCCAGCUCAGAAGCAAACUAGUGAAUAGCUUAACAUAGUAAAGAAAACCCUUUUACCUCUUCUAACCUUGCUCAUACCUUUGAAUAGCCUUCAAUUUAGCUACGUUGUGCCGUUCUCUGCGGCUCUUUGUUUCGGCCGUCUUCGAGCCAGCCUGUUAAGUGUUCCAUCAGUAGUAGUUUCCUUAGCUGCGUUUUAUGUAAUAUGUCUCAAUCGACAUAUAGUUUCUCUGUGGUGGCACGUAAUGUAUCGGGAAUUCUAAUGUGCCGUGAAGGUUAAACAGAAGUAUCACAAAUUGGGACGGGAUAAAAUAACAACACAUUU